UAAUGGAAGAUAUCGGUCGAAGGCAAUAUGUCCCUUGUGUCAUCCUCCGUUGAGGAUGAUAGUCAGAAUGAUAAUUGCGUCUCCAUCGACGAACUGGUCGCGCAAUAUUUCCAGCAGGUCGAACCCCACCUGCUCGAAUUCCCCGAUGGCAGGACCAUGAUCAAAUCUGCCACUCAGGCAGCGCUCUACGAACGAAUGUUCAACGAGGCGGUUCUGUGGCCGAUCCCUCCCCUGAACUACCGGGCUCGUGUUCUAAAGAAUAUCUUGUCUAUACUGGAAGAGUCCAUUUCGGAUCCUGAGGAGGAUGAGAUCUCAGAUGAUCUCAUGGAAUGCUGGAGCACGCUCGUGACGCAACCAAAGCCAUCAGCUCUCCAGCAAGCCCAGCAACUGGCCUAUGUGAAAUACACAGACCCAGUUCUAGCAUCAGAUGGAGCUCCUCCAGAAGAACAUAGGAGCAACCGCACAAUCAUCACCUCCGAAUCACGCGGUCUGAUCCUCUCCGCAGGAACAACAGGCUUCCGCACCUGGGAAGCAGCCCUGCAUCUGGGCUCGUUUCUCUCCACGCCCGCCGGGCAGGCCCUCGUGCGCGGGAACCGGGUCAUCGAGCUCGGCGCCGGCACGGGCUUCCUAUCCAUGUUCUGCGCGAAACAUCUCGGCGUGCAGAGCGUGGUCGCCACGGACCGCGAGCCGGCCCUCAUCGAGAAUAUCCGCGACUGUAUGCGGCGGAAUGAGCUUGACCCUGCUGUCUUUCAUCCCGCGAUUUGGGAGUGGGGGACGCCCUUGUCCUUGACUCAGGACGGCGAGGGUGAGGGAGAGGGCGACGCCGCGGUGUCAGGCAGCGGUGAUCUGGCCUUUGACGUUGCACUUGGUGCUGAUCUUGUCUACGACGUCGACCUUGUCCCCCUCCUCGUAUCCACCCUCCGCGACCUCUUCGAAAACUACCACCUCCGGGAAUUCAUCAUCUCAGCGACGCUUCGGAACCAGGAUACCUUCCAGACGUUCCUCAAUGCCUGUGAAAUGAACGAGUUCCGGGUGGAGUGCAUGCCGUAUCAGUCUCCUUCUGCGGAGAUGCAAACGGGGUUCUUCCAUUCGACUAGUAUUCCCAUUCGUACGUAUCGGAUAUCCAGGCGUGGGGUAUGACACGCCGUCGCGUUGGGUGGUGGACGUUUCACAUGAUUAAUGAUGAUAUCUCUGGUGUCACGCAUACUCUGUACACUGUCGUGAACAUGUAUAUUAUACUGCCGGCCUCUAAGACGAGAACAGGUAUGUGCCUUGCGGCAAUCUCCAUUUCCCAUUCGAUAAGUGACUACAAAGUGGCAGAUUGGUUUGAGUAAGGCCAUGAAUUGUGGCAUGUAGCUAAGCAUACGCCAUGAGGCAAACGAAACAUAAGAAAUGGGCAGCUGUAGGGGUAUCAUAUAGACC